AUGUUCUUAUCAAAUCAUACCAAUGUACACCCCAGUAUCUUUCUUCUCCUUGGCAUUCCAGGAAUGGAGGCCAUGCACAUCUGGAUAUCAAUACCCUUCAGUCUGGUUUAUCUGAGUGCUCUCCUGGGAAAUUUCUCAAUUCUAUUUAUUAUCAAAACAGAUUCCCAACUGCAUGAGCCCAUGUACUUCUUCCUCUGUAUGCUCUCUGUGGCUGACCUGAUCCUCUCCACUACUGCCAUGCCUAAACUCCUCAGCAUCUUUUGGUUCCAUGACAGGGAGAUCUACUUUGAAGCCUGCCUUGUCCAAGUAUUUCUCAUUCAUUCACUGUGCAGCAUGGCCUCAGGGUUUAUCUUGGCCAUGGCCUUUGACCGCUAUGUGGCCAUCUGCAAUCCUCUGAGACAUUCCACUAUCUUGACUCAUAGAGUCAUCCAAACCUUGGGGCUAGUUAUUGUUCUCCGUGGGGCUCUGCUUUGCAGCCCUCAACCAAUCAUGCUUCGAUGGCUUCCCUACUGCAGAACUAACAUCAUUCCUCACACUUACUGUGAAUUCAUGGCUCUGAUCAAGCUUGCUUAUGCAAACACCAGAAUCUUCAGAAUAUACAGCCUAACUGCUGCCUUCUUGACUGGGGGGUUGGAUUUCCUAUUGAUCAUAUGCUCCUAUGUUGUCAUCCUUUACACUGUCUUCCACCUUCCGUCCAAGGCUGCUCGGCUCAAGACUUUGGGCACUUGUGGAUCCCACGUGUGUGUGAUCUUAGUGGCCUACACUCCAGCCUUUUUCUCUUUUCUUACUCACAGAUUUGGACGCAAUGUGGCUCCUCACAUUCAUAUCUUUGUGGCUAACAUCUACCUUCUCGUUCCACCCAUGGUGAACCCAAUGAUCUAUGGCAUUAGAACCAAGAGAAUCAGAGAGCGAUUCCUUCAAGUUUUGACUUCUCACAAAUCCUAA